GUGACUCAAGAUAGAGUUAUCAAAUCACGGUUGAUCACAGCGGACAUUUGUCAAGAGAGCGCAAACGAACCUUCAAAACGGUAAUCUUGUGAGGAGGGUCCCUCCUGUGAUUGUUUUCUUGUAUUCGUCUCCCGUGAAGAUCAUCAUCGGCAGACACGAUGGAGACGUACGAGAGUGUCCUCCUAGUGAAGUCUGAGGUGUUUGUCUUCAAAAUUCCGCCAAGGUCGACCAACAGGGGUUAUCGGGCAGCCGAUUGGAACCUACAAGAACCCUCCUGGACCGGUCGCAUGCGACUGGUGUCACAAGGCGACAGCAUUACGAUAAAACUGGAAGACAAGAUCACGGGCGAGCUGUUCGCCAAGUGUCCCAUCGAACAGUAUCCUGGGAUAGCGGUAGAACCAGUCACUGAUUCGUCCCGAUACUUUGUCCUGAGGAUCCAAGAUGAUAACGGACGGUCAGCGUUUAUAGGUGUCGGCUUCUUAGACAGGUCUGACAGUUUUGAUCUGAAUGUUGCUCUUCAGGAUCACUUUAAAUGGUUAAAGAAUCGAGAGCAGAUCGAGAAGGAGAAGGAGAAGCCAAAACAGGAGUUAGAUCUCAGAUUUAAGGAAGGGGAAACCAUCAAGAUUAACAUGAAGAUUACUAAAAAGGAUGGUAGCGAGGUUGCGUCCAAAUCCAAACAACGUGCUAACUCAGCUGUGGGUCUUCCGCCUCCUCCGGGUGGUGUCAAAAUUGCUCCACCACCUGCAAAGACGCCUACUUCCUCACCCGCGCAUAAGCCACCACAAAGUCAAAAUCAAGAUGGUACGAGUUCGGAGUGGGGCGAGUAUGCCAGUGCUUCUCAAUCGGCAUCGACAUCGGCGCCAGCAUCAGCAUCAGCAUCAGCAUCAGCACCAGCACCAGCACCAGCAGCGCCCACAGUUAAUGCCAGUUGGGUGCAAUUCUAACUUUUAAAAUAUAUGUAUAUAAUAUUAUACAUAGAUAUUUACUUCAGUAUAUGCACAUAGUGAUUUUUAAAUGGAUGGUCAAGCUUUAGAAUAUAUUUUUUUCAUCUUGCUAAAAAAAUUUGGACUAAUAAUUAUUGAAAAUUUUUUGUUAAAUAAAUGUUAAUAAACAUUAUCUUAAUUUUUUGAUAUCUGAAAAUAUUUUGUAGAGUAUGCUAUAAUUUUUUUUCAAUUAUUAGAAUUUAUCUAAAAUUUGACCAUUUAUGCUGAAAUCAUUUUUGUAUAUUAAGGUAAAUGAAAUGAUUAUAUUCACACAUAUGAUAUGAUAGAUGUAUUAAGCUAGAGAUGUUAAGAUGACUAUUGGAAGAAUGUCUGUGAAUAGUGGAAAGAGAGUCUGAUGUAUAUUUUCCAAUACUGUAUAGCGUGCAAUGAAAAUUGUAACAACAUUUAUGAGAGAGAUGAUAUUUUUCCAGCAAAGAAAGAAGUCUUGAAAGACUAACUUAUAUCAAGCUUAUCCAAAAAAAUGCUUUUAAAAAUAAAUCAAAUAAUCGAUUAAAAUUUACUUUUGAAAUGUGGUUUACUUUUGUCUGGAAAAAUGUUUAAUUUAUCAAAGUUUUAUUUCACAAAUUUAUUUAUAUUUGUUUUUUUUUGUUCUACAAUGAAACAAAAUUGUCCUUUUUUCGAUUGUUGUACGAUUUUCCAGCACUCUAUAUAAUAGUAUUGUACUUAUAAAUACCAUUCAGAAAUUCACUUUAAUUGCUUUUGGACAUUCAGUGUAUUUGAAGAUAACACAACACAAUUUUUUGUAUAUGUAAAUGUCGAUAUAUCAGAUGCAUUUAGUGCCUUGUACAAACUAGUCUAAUAAAUUAGAAGCAAAUUCGAGGCAAAUCGCAAUAGGUAAUAUGUCUGUAUUUAGUACUUACAAAGGCACAGUAUGACAUUCGAUUUAUCUAUCUUUUUAAUUUCUGCAAACAAAAUAUUAGAUGAUUUUAGUGUUGUAUAUAAACAAACAUUAUUUUAAGCAUUUAGUAACUAUUUUAACUAUUUCUUAAUUUACACACACAAAAAAAACGUUGAGAAUACAUUUUUGUAUAUCUGUAAAUUUUGCAACAAAAUGUUUUAUUAAAUGCUUUUUUAUUUGUAUAAUUCGCUCAUAAAUUGAACAUUAUAUGGUUGCAAAAUAUCGGUGAGGGCUGUCGAAUGCUGUCUUUUUAUUAAAUAAUGUUAGUCUAUAUUUUAUUUAUUACAUUAUUUAAUAUUGUGAGAAACAGUAUUAAAUCCUAAGGAUGUGUUAAGCUUCCCAUGGAUGCCUUUCAUUAUUUUUUUAUAAAUAUCAUUUUAUAUAAAUUGUUUUUAUAUCAGAAUUUGUUUUAACGAAACAAUUACAUCUUAUAAUUUUAGAAUGUAUUAACAUAUCAAUAAAAUUUGCAAAACGCGAGCAAUUAGAUGUAAAGGAAGAAUAAUUCUCUCAAUCAAUUAAAAUUGACGUUUUAAUAAAUUAUAAAUUUUAUAGCAAAAUUUAAUGAUAUUUAGUUAAUCUGUUUAAUAUUAACUUAAUCUGUUAGUUCUAUUUUCUAGUAUUUUUCAUUGCACAUUUUUUUGUUGAUUGUUUAAGAAAGUAUAUAAUAUAUAUCUAAUACAUAAUAACAAUAUAGUAUUUGGCCUCGACCGUUAGCUUGCAACAUUUGUAAAUAUUAAAGGCCUAUUAUAAAAAAAUAUGGCCUAAUUCCCUUAUACAUUGAGUGUCCCAAAGUUAUUCAUUCAAUUUUAAUACACUUGAAUCAAGCUAGGUUUAAAAAAAAAUAGCAGCAAAAUUGUAUCAUAUUUUAAAUUUAUUAUUCUUUUCUCUAAGCUACUUCGUUUUUUGUCUCGCAUGUGUUAAUUGAUAUAUUCUUGCCGGAAAUAAGCUUAAACAAGAAAAGAAUCUUUGAUGAUAUUACAAAAGAAUAUUUUUACAUUUUUAUGAGUUUUAAAAUGUUUUUUAAUCGAUCGGAAAACUAAACGAUUAAAAAACCAAGUCUCGAAAUUGAUGUAUAAAUCCUAUACUAGAUUCUAUAACAAUUGAAUUUUUUGUUCAGUAAGUGACAAAGAUAGGUGUUACAAUUUUUCUUAGAUUUGAAUUAAACUUUACUUCUCUUUCAAAUCUCUAAGAGAAGUAUUCGUAAAGAAUCAUUUUACAUCUACAUAUCUCAUAAGCAUUAUGUAUAAGUUAUUGGAAGGGUGUUAUACUGGAAACAUCAUUUCCCUUUACAUCUAAAGGAGAAAAUGUAUAAAUUUUCGAGGUAACGAGAAACAAACGUUCCUCUGGUGAAAAAAGUAGAAUCUGCUAUGCUAUCUAUAACUCGUUACUUAGAUUAUAAAUUGUACAAUGUUAUGUACAUUAUUCCGUGCUAAAUUUUAAUGUAAAAUGUAGAAUAACAUUGUUAAAUAUAUUAUUAGUGUGAAUCUUGUUGAAUGAGUGUUUAGGCGCAAUUUCAUAUUACAUAUAUUAUUUCUUUUUAUUUAUAGGAACUGUCUCAAAAAAGUGCGAAGUGUCAGCGGAGAAUGUGUUAUAAGUUAUAUACAGAUGUUAGCCCCGAAUCAAAGAGUUAAUGUUUAACGUUUAUUAAUGUUUAAAAAAUUACGAAAACUUUUAUAUAUAUUAUACAUAAGAAUUAUUCUUCGAAUUACAAUAGUUAAAUAUAUGCAUGUAAUAAAUGUUAUUUUAGAUUGACAAAUUUGUUAAUGUUAAUCAAGAUUUUGUUGUGGAAAUAAGUUAAAAUAUCUAAAAUUAUUGAAUCAUCCAAUAUUACAAACAAAAUAAUUUUAAUCAAACGCCAGAUACUAAUUUUUAUUUCAGAAAUAAUUUUUUAAAAUUUUCUUAAAAAUUAAUAAAUUUGAAGAAAUAUUUACUGUUUUAACACAAUUAGAAGCAAAAGUAUUUGUGUACUUAUGUAGAUAUUUAAAUGACUCUUCAUCAAAAAUCGUCACAGAAUUUUCUUUAAUACUUUUCUAAAUGAGAGAAACUCUAGUAUUUAAAAAAUUUUGUGUUUAUAGAUUUACAUCUUUUUGUUUUCAAAAACAAAAUCCAAAUUAGUUAAAAUUAUUAUAAAUAUAAAAAAUAGAAUUCUGCUGCUAUUUCAUGUCUUUCUUGGGACAUCCUGUAUGUUAAUCUUUAGCUCCUAAUCAGGUACUAAUAUAUCACAAAUACAUAAUCGUAUUACAAAGUGAUAUACAUAGAAAGCAAAUUAAAAAAGGAUAUCACUUGUAAUUAUUCUAGUAUUUUAUGGUAAUUGAAAAAAUUGUUACACAAUGUACUGUAUUAUGUAUGUGAUAGCAACUAAAAGAGAAUUGUAAUCCUGAUAUAUAUACAUAUAUUUGACAUUCCAUAUUUUUUAUUUUCUGUAAACACGUUGAAAAGAUAAAAAUAAAUACUGUGGAGGUUAAGAAUAUGAUUUUGAAAUCAUGUUCAAUAAUGGCUUGGAUCAGGUUUUAAUAAA